AUGGGUGUUGAUAGAAAUGCUCAACAUGUUGUUUUCCUUCAUGGAACACAAACUACAUGCAAGCGAUCGACAUGGCUUUUUCUCUUAAAACUAGAACAAAAUGGCAACUAUGCUGCGUUUGCAUGCCCUAAGAGCCUCUUCCUUUUUGCCUUCACCACAAGCACUCUUGGCCAUGGUCUUCUUGACAUGGAUGGUGAGCCUAUGAACAAUGGAGGCUUAUACUAUAUAUUUCCAGUUAUAAGAGGAAAGGGCGGUGGCCUUGAGCUUGCCAGAACUGGAAAAGAAUCUUGCCCUCGCACCGUCCUCCAAGCUCCCUCGGAGACCUCUAAAAGCUGGCCAACAAGAUUGGCGUCCCCAGUUCUAAUGCUUACUCUCAACCCAGGAUUUCCUCUAACCAUUAUAUUUCACCAUCAAAAUCCACCCUGUUGCCACCGCCACUCAAGGUUACAGUGGAAGGUUUCGAAAGAAUCUCAGAUAGUGAAGAUUGCAUCCAGAGAAGAAGAACAGAUAUUUGGUCCAUUUCAAAUCCAGCCUCAUAGAGAUGCCUACAAACUUGUUUACUGCGUAAGUCACUCGCGAGAUAAUCAUGGCUGUAAAGAUCUCGGAAUCUCCAUCGACGAUGACGACAACAGGCGUUUGGUUGUGAAAGAUGAUGACCCGUUCAUCGUUCAGUUCAAGAAGGCUGAUCGCAGUGGCGACGAAUUACAUAUGGUCGAAUGAGCAAUUCACGUGAUAUGA